AUGCUGCUCGCAUUUGCAUGUGUGCUCAUGAUGAUGGUGCUCGUGAAAUUCCUCACCGCACUGCAGUUUGGCACCAAAAACCGUCCGAUUCCGCCGACACAAGAUGAGGCUAGCUUGGAGAAGACCAUUAAUUCGUUGGCAGGGCUCGAUUACGAAGACAAGCACAAGCUCAUUUUCAUCAUCUGCGACGGCAACAUUGUCGGUUCGGGGAAUGACCGGCCCACUCCGCGUAUUGUGCUGGAUAUCCUCGGAGUCGAUCCAGAUUUCGAGGGACAUGUCGUGCCGUUCAUGGUUGUAGCCAAAGUCGGUACGCCGGAGGAGAGCGAUCGCUCUGGGAACCGAGGCAAGCGCGAUUCGCAGAUUGUGCUAAUGUCGUACUUCCAGAAGCUCGAGAUGUACCACCAGAUGCGCCAUAUCAUUGGCAUGGACCCGCGCGAAUUCGAGUAUAUUUUGCAGGUCGAUGCCGAUACCGAAGUCAUGCCAGACUCGCUGUCGCGCCUCAUUGCUGCUUGCUCGUCAGACCAGCGCAUCAAUCAAAGCUGGACCACCAUGAUGCAGGUGUACGAGUACUUCAUCUCGCACCACAUGGCCAAGGCGUUCGAGUCGCUGUUUGGAUCAGUCACCUGUCUGCCAGGCUGCUUCUGUAUGUACCGACUGCGCAGUGCCGACGACAAGCCGCUGCUGAUCGCAAAGCCUGUUGUUGAGGCAUACUCGGAGCUGCAUGUCGACACGCUGCACAAGAAGAACCUGCUGUCGCUCGGCGAGGAUCGGUACCUGACAACGCUGAUGAUGAAGCAUUUCCCGAACUUCAAGCUCAAGUUUAUCCAGGAUGCCAAGUGCAAGACUAUUGCUCCCGAAAAGUGGGCCAUCCUGAUGUCACAGCGUCGUCGCUGGAUCAACUCAACCAUCCACAACCUUGCUGAGCUCAUGUUCCUGCCGGACAUGUCUGAUGUCGGCUACAUCUCGCUGAUUCUCAUCGGUGCUAUCUACGGCGUGCAGUCAAUCAUAUUCAUCAUGCGCCGUGAGUGGCAGCAUGUCGGCUGGAUGAUCAUAUACCUGAUGGCCUAUCCGCUGUGGUCGUUCGUCCUGCCUGUGUACUCGUUCUGGCAUAUGGAUGACUUCUCGUGGGGUAACACGCGCGUGGUGGUUGGCGAUGGCAAGCGCCAGCUGAUUGUGACUGACGACAAACCUUUCGAUCCAGCAUCGAUCCCGCACCGCCGCUGGGCUGAGUAUGAGCAGGAACUGGCAGCCGCUGGUGUUCUGAAUGCACCGCCGCCCAACAUGAACCCGAAUGCUGGCUCGCACAAGGAUGAUGAGCGCAUGUCAUCGUACAGUCAGCAAUCCGGGAUGAUAAUGAACCGGGUCGGAAGCAUGUACGGUGGCUACAAUGCGGCUCCAUCCGUCGUUGGCAGCAAUGUCAUGUCGAAUCCACCAGGCGUGCCAGACCAGCGCUAUUUGGCUGCUGUGACAAGCCCGAUGGGCCCGUAUGCGCCGUAUGCGACAGUCAAUAUGCAGGGUGCCGGCACAAUCGCGUCGCACGAGGCAUUGGCCAUGUAUAGCACUGUGAAUGGCAUGGGCGCGGUGGGCAGGUCCAUAUCGCCAGCUUCUGGACUGGUUCGGCCGAUGACCAUUGCGUCGUCCACCUCGCUGCACCACGACCUACAGACAGCGGUUGCGUCACAGGAGUACAUGUCGGCUGCCAUCAACAUGGGCGGCAAUACACCUGGCAAUCAGACAGUGCAGCACCAGCAGCAGCCGCUGCGCCCAAUGUCGACAUUCACGACUGGCGCCGCUACCGAGCAAGGCGCUGGCCCGUCUGACGAGCAGCUUGCUGAGGCUGUGCGUCGCAUAUUGGCCGAGUCGGACCUGUCAACCAUGACCAAGAAGCGGAUCCGUGCGCAGUUAGCGCAGGAGUUCAACAUGGACUUGACUGCUCGCAAGGACUUCAUCAGCAACGUUGUUGACCGGAUGCUGACAGGAACUCUCUAA